GCCUGGGAAGGACAUUCUCCCCAAAGAUGACAAAGGCAAUGUCGUUGGAAGUAAAACAACAUUCAUGGAUGCCUGGGAGGUCAUGGAGGAGCUGGUGGAUGAGGGGCUGGUGAAAGCCCUUGGUGUCUCCAAUUUCAACCACUUCCAGAUCGAAAGGCUCUUGAACAAACCAGGACUGAAAUACAAACCAGUGACUAACCAGAUUGAGUGUCACCCAUACCUUACCCAGGAGAAAUUGAUCCAGUACUGUCACUCCAAGGGCAUCACUGUCACAGCCUACAGCCCCCUGGGCUCUCCAGAUAGACCUUGGGCCAAACCAGGUGACCCUUCCCUCCUAGAGGAUCCCAAGAUUAAGGCAAUUGCUGCAAAGCACAAGAAGACCGCAGCUCAGGUUCUGAUCCGAUUCCAUAUCCAGAGGAACCUGGCCGUGAUCCCCAAGUCUGUGACGCCAUCCCGCAUUAUUGAGAACAUUCAGAGUUUCUCAUUUGGAGGAUUAUCCCUUCAGUGAAGAAUAUUGAAGCUGAAUCUCUUGAUGGGAUUUCCCAGUGGUGAUGAGCUGCUGGGAUGUGGAAUUAGCACUUCCUUCUGUGUCUUCCACCCCUAGGAGCUGUG